CCCUGCACCACUGCAGCCCAUCUGAUUCCAUCAAGCUCAGCGCCGAGCCAAGCUGCCGGGAGUGGAAGUUCCUCCGGUGGAACAUUCUCAAGGUGUGCCAAUCCUGAUUGUCCCUGCACAUCAUCUUUCAGUGGCCUACAGGGCGACUUCUGCUGCAUGUCCUGCCAUGGUGGUGUUCCUUGCCAGAGAAAUGUGCACAAUGCUCCGCAAGCCCCUCCGGCCAACCAGUGCGCUGCCGGGUGUGGUAGACCAAGCUUCAAUGGCCAGGCUGGUCAGUUCUGCGGGCUUACGUGCCGCCAGAAGUUUGCAAAGCCGACGCCUACAGUAAGAGCAUCGCAGCCAAGCAAGCGAGGCCCAGAUGUGCUUGCCAUGGGCGGCAAGGGCCAAACCUUUGAAGCUUGGCAUGGCACCUCCAGGACGAAUGCCUUGCAGAUCAAGAGCUCUGGAUGCUUCCGAGUGGACACCCCUGCAGAUGGCUGUCUUGGCAAAGGCGCCUACUUCGCAGGCAGGCGUAAGGCUGAGCGCUUUGCGCAUGAUUUCGGCCAAGGGCAGCCUGCCUUGGUGAGGUGCAGCAUCACUGUUCAAAAUCCAUGCUACGUGGAUGGUGAUGAUAGGUCGUGGCAAGCAAGGGGAUUUGACAGCUGCCGUGCCACGAGUGCAACGACCAGAUCAACUUCUUUCUAAAAACGUUUGCGUGUCUUGCAAAUGUAGUGCUGUAAACCAUGAUAUCGACGAGCAAUGGAGUCUGGGUCCAUUUUGCAGGCAUUGCUUCGUGAGGUACCUCGAAAUCCUCGAAUCCCGAAUGGUGCAUUGCUUCCAACUCGUGCAUCCAAGUCGUGGAGGUCGUGGAUCUGAGAGGACAGGCACGCCCAGCGAAUUGAGCAGGUCAAAAGACCCUGCAUGAAUAAUGCAAACGCCAGAUAUGUUGACUUUUCUUCUUUGUCACGGGGUUCUGAUGCCAGCUUCUUCACUGCUGUUAUUGCAC